AUGAAAGUGUAUCUAGCUUUUUGUUUUUCUCUUGCAGCACCAUUCUUGGCAUCAAAGAGGUUUAUAUUGGCAGUACUGUGUUUCUUUUGUUGCUUAUUGAUCCAAGCCUCUAGAUUUAAUCUCAGUAUAGCGAUUGUAUCAAUGGUAGAUCACAGUCAAGAUGUAGUAAAUAUAACUCAUACUAGGGCACUGAAUGUCAAUACUCACGAAUGUUCCAACUUAAAAGGGGAAUUCGACUGGGACAAACAAUUACAGGGCUUAAUACUCGGAGCCUUCUUUUGGGGGUAUUGUGUUCUACAGUCAUCUUCCGGUUGGAUAUGUGAAAGAUAUGGUGUCAAACGAGUCCUUUCGGUAGCUUGCUCUAUUACAACUAUCAUAUGUUUAGUCAGUCCAAUUUGUGCCAGAACAAGUCCUUAUUUAUUUAUCUGCCUACGAAUCGCUCUAGGACUUUUCCAGUGUCCUAUAUAUCCGUCAUUACAAGUGGUAUUAACCAACUGGAUUCCACCAAGUGAAAAAAGUCGAAUUUUUGGUUUUACUUUCUCAGGCUCUGCGCUCGGAGUGGCCGCUAUGUUCCCCUUUGGUGGAUUUCUAUGUAAAUACGGAUUUGAUGGCGGUUGGCCAUCUGUAUUUUAUGUUAUUGGAAUCUGCACAUUUGUUUGGACAGUUGCAUGGUAUUUUUUUGCUUCUAACUCUCCUCAAGAGCAUCCGACGAUAACAGAAGCUGAACUGAAAUACAUUCAAUUAUCACUUGGUCUAGCCAACAAGAAAAAUAAAAAGAAAAUGGUUAUACCCUGGAAAUCUAUAAUGACAUCGACAGCAACCUGGGCUAUAAUAGUGACACAUUUUUUGAUGAACUAUGGACAUUAUAUGCUUGUUACUCAAUUACCUACAUAUAUGAAAGAGGUUUUGAAAUUUGACAUUCAAUCGAAUGGGAUUUUCUCAAUGCUACCGUUUUUAAGUUUAUGGAUCGUCUGGAUGUUUGGUGGUGUUAUCUCGGAUUUUAUGACAGCCAACCAGAUAUUGUCUGUUGUUAAUACACGCAAACUUAUGACAGCAGUGGGUGCGAUUGGUACUGCAGUGUUUUUAAUAGGCUUAAGUUAUAUUGGAUGUGAUCAGCAAAUUAUCGCAGUUGCACUCGUAACAAUUGCCGUUGCUGUAGAAGGAUUUAGUUUGAGUGGAUUUUUCAUCAACCCUACUGAUAUUGCUCCAGCAUAUGCUGGUACAAUUUUAGGCAUAUCAAAUUCUUUGGCAACUUUGCCCGGAGUCAUAGCACCAUACGUAGUCGGAGUUCUCACACCUCAUGGGACAAGAGAUGAAUGGCAAGUAUCAUUUUACAUUGCUGGUGGUAUUUUUAUUUCGGCAGCUGUAUUUUAUAUUAUUUUCGCUGAAGGUGAAAUUCAGAAAUGGGGUUAUCCUCUGAGAAUAGAAGAAGAAAUUCCUUUAUCUGACUUGCCAUAUAAAAAACCAGAAACGCUUAGAAAGGACCUUAACGCUUGA